AUGAUUGCCAAAGUUUUUUUCUUUUUCAUGUUCUUGUUGUUUUCCUCUGUGAGGACUUCCGACACCCCCAACAAUGAUGGAAUUAUUCACGUCAUCACGAAGAACAUCGACCUGAAGCAGGUGCAAGGAACCUUUUAUGAAAUUGCCACGAACGCUUCAGACAAAAUCUUCCCAGGAUUACUGUGCCGAUGCACCAAAUAUGACUUUUCAGGCCUCAAAAGAGAUGGCAACUUAGCCUACAUCCUCAUCAACUUCUCUUGUGACAGAAACUACCUCUUCGGAGAGCAGAAGUCCGAAAUGACCUUCAAAUUGAUUUUAAACAAACCUGUUGAUGAAAACACCACGACCGUUGACGAGUUCAAUGCCAGCAUCUACUUAGUGGAAGGCAACCAACAGGUUCUUCUCAACAGCAAUGUCAACAUUGUCUAUGCUGAAGCGAACGAGCAGGGUGAAUAUGAACACAUUAUCAUCGCUGGACAGAAAUCUUGCGAACCAAUGAUCGUUUUGUCCAAAUACAGAACCAUCCUCCUCGAAACCUACAACAAAUUGUUGAACUCUCUCUACUUGGCUGGAUACGAGCCAUCCCUCCUCAGUUGGCCAUUUAUCAUCCAGACCGACCAGACCUUCUGCGACUGA